AUGGCGAAUAAGUACAGAAGUGUUUGGGAGCAAAAUAGUGAAUUAAAGGGAUGCCUUAUGCCGGACCCUGAAGACGAUAAAAGGGAUUUUUGUAAAGUUUGCAAGUGUUCAUUAAUUGCACAUAAGAAAGAUCUUUUGUUACACAGAAAAUCAAGAAAACAUCUUGAGUCUGAGAAAAAAUAUAACGCUGGUCCCAGCAAAAAAAUUACUGAGUUUUUGACGACUAAUAUUUCAAAGAAAAGAAAAGUCGCAGAAUUGAAAGUAGCUGCUUUUAUUGCGGAGCAUUGUUCUACAAGAACGGCAGAUCAUUUAAGUGAAUUACUUAAUGGUUUAGAUGAUAAUUCCGAAUUACUCAAGGGAGUAAAACUUCAUCGAACGAAAUGUUCAGCCUUAAUCUUAAAUGUUAUUAGUCCAUGCUUGUUGGAAGAUUUAAUCCUUGAUGUUGGAAAUGAAAAAUAUUCUCUGAUAAUUGAUGAAAGCACGGCCAUUGACUGUAGCAAAAUGAUGUGUCUUAUGAUUAAAUAUUAUAGCAAACUCAAAAGAAAAAUAAUUACGACCUUUUACAGAUUAAUGGAAAUUGCCGCAGGAGAUGCUUUGACAUUAGCUGAAACAAUGAGGAGUCAACUUCUUAAAGACAGUCUCCCAAUGGAAAACUUAAUUGGGAUUGGCGUAGACGGUGCUAAUGUCAUGGUUGGAAAAGCUAUGACAAAUCGAGAUUUAGUGCUAACCAAAGAUAGAGAAAGAUGCUAUACAUCACAACAACUUUUUGAGAUGUUAGAUGAUAAAAAAAAUUAUCUGUACAUGGUUUUUCUGAAGAAAACUCUGAGAGAACUAACUGCCCUUAAUACAGCUUUCCAAAGUGACCAAGCUAAUUCUCUAAAAUUAAUGGAAGACCUCCUGCACUUGCUCAGGAAUUACUUAAGUAUUCUUAUACCUCCAAUGCGUCUUGAAAAAGUUCUUGAUAAAGACAUAUUUUCUUUCAAUUUCAAGGACUACGUCAUGAGCGCAACCAUUAUCAAUUUUGGUUACUCAUUUCAUGAAGCACAAGUGGGAAUAGAGAGGAACGAUGUAUCCUGCGUCCAAGAAAGGUGUAGAAAUUUUUUAAUUGAACUUUGUUACCAAAUUUAA